UGGAGAGACGGCCGGCGUGGCGGGGAUCCCCGCGUGUUGAGGGCGCCCGCUGCAACCGCCGCCGCUGCUGCUGCGCGUGGAGGCACAGGGCGCGGCGGAGUCGGGUUUCAGGGCGAGGGAGACUCUGGGCACGAGUCGGGAGCCGGGAUCCUUGCCGGCCGCCGCUGCCUCAACUGCCCAGCGCCGCCUUUGUUCCCCGCGGGAAGGGCGAGCGCGGCGCCCGGAGUCCGCCGCGAGUCGGUGCUCCUGCUUCCCCCCUCCGCGCGCCCUCGGGGGCUCUGCAGAUCCUCUCGAUGGCACCCAGGAGGAACGCGCUGUGCGGGCGCCUACUGUUGCCGCUGCUCUCCGUCUCCGCGCUCCUGUCCACUGUCACCCGAACACGGGCCUCGGCAGCAGAGCAGCCCUCCCAAGGCCAUCUGGACCUCACAGAACUCAUUGGUGUCCCCCUGCCCUCGUCUGUGUCCUUUGUCACUGGCUAUGGUGGUUUCCCUGCCUACAGCUUUGGACCUGGUGCCAAUGUGGGUCGCCCAGCCAGGACCCUCAUCCCACCCACCUUCUUCAGGGACUUCGCCAUCAGCGCAGCGGUGAAGCCCAGCAGCGCCCAAGGUGGUGUGCUCUUCGCUAUUACUGACGCCUUCCAGAAGGUCAUCUACCUGGGCCUGCGGCUCUCAGGGGUGGAGGACGGCCGCCAGCGGAUCAUCCUGUACUACACGGAGCCUGGAUCCCAAGUAUCUCAUGAGGCGGCUGUUUUCUCGGUGCCUGUGAUGACCAGCAAGUGGAAUCGCUUCUCCCUGAUUGUCCAGGAUGAGGAGGUGACCCUCCUUGUGGACUGCGAGGAGCAGGACCAUGUGCUCUUCCAGCGGUCCUCCCAGCCUUUGACCUUCGAGCCCAGUGCAGGGGUCUUCGUGGGCAAUGCAGGUGCCACGGGACUGGAGAGAUUCACUGGCUCAGUACAGCAGCUCAUCAUCUACACCGACCCCAGGACACCCGAGGAGCUGUGUGAAGCCCACGAGUCAUCGGCAUCAGGAGAGGCCAGUGGGCUUCAGGAGACAGGCACAGUGGCUGAGAUCUUAGAGGCCAUCACCUACACUCAAGUCCCGCCUAAAGAAGUAAACGUUGAACCCUUAAACACACCUCCAACUUCCUCUCCCUUUGAGGACACAGAGCUUUCUGGUGAACCCGUUCCAGAAGCGACCUCGGACACCAACAUCAUUACUACACACAGCAUCCCUGAGCAAGGGUCUGGAGAGAUCCUGAAUGACACACUAGAGGAGGUCCACCCUGUCGAUGGUGACCCCAUUACGGACACAGGCUCAGGAAGUGGGGCCUUUGAUGCCACUGAGGAGCAGGGGUCAACAGCCACCACAGAAAGGGAAGCCAUGGUGUCCAUCACCCAUACUCAGGCAGCAGAGGUUAGCAAUGUGCCCACCGGGAGCCCGACGCCGGCCAUGUCCACCCAGAACCCAGGAGAAGUGGCCAGUCCAGAUCCAGAGAGUGAAGAAGGCUUAGCAACCACAGCAGCAGGCGGGGCCGAGGCGCCCAUUGGCACCGUGGGGGAAGCAGAGGCUGGCAGUGUGCCUACUGGAGGGCCGGCUCUGUCCGUGACCACCCCGAUCCCUGAGGGAGAGACCACUGUGGGUCCAGGUGGUGAAGCAGGUUUAACCACAGCUACAGCCUCACCAGAAGUACGGCUCAGCACUGUGGAGGAAGAAGCCAGUGGAGUCUCCACAGAUGGCCCGGCAGCCUUCACACUCCCACCUACCCCUGAACAAGCAGUUACCUCUGCUGCUGCUGAUGGAGAGGUGGCAACAGAGAAGACGGAGGAGGAGGGGUCUGGUGGCAUACCUCCCACUGGGCCACUGCUCCCCACUCCCACCGUGGCUCCUGAGAGGCAGGUCACUGUGGUGACAGGCCUGAGUUCUGAGGGCUCGGGUCUGGGCUCGGGACUGGACGUUGGCUCAGGCUCCGGGGACCUGGUGGACAGUGAGGACCUGUUAAGAGGUCCUCCUGGCCCCCCCGGCCCACCUGGCUCACCGGGGAUUCCAGGAAAACCAGGAAGUGAUGUUGUCAUGGGGCCCCCUGGCUCUCCUGGGGAGGAUGGAGCUGCUGGCGAGCCUGGGCCCCCGGGACCUGAGGGACAGCCUGGACCUGAUGGAGCCUCUGGCCAGCCUGGGAUGAAAGGAGAGAAGGGAGAAAGAGGGCCAAAUGGCUCAGUUGGCGAAAAGGGUGACCCUGGCAGCCGCGGUUUACCAGGAUCUCCAGGGAAAAAUGGACAAGAUGGCACUCCUGGAGUCAUGGGGCCCCCAGGACCUCCUGGCCCCCCUGGCCCCCCUGGCCCUGGAUGUACAGCAGGACUUGAGGACACGGAAGGCUCAGGAAGUAUCAGGCUACUGAAUGAACCCAGACUCUUUGGGCCAACAGCUUCAAGUGGUCUCAAAGGAGAGAAAGGAGAUCAGGGACCCAAGGGUGAAAGGGGGAUAGAUGGAAUCAGCACAAUUGGACCCCCUGGGCCCCGCGGCCCCCCUGGGAGCAUCGAGGUGUUGCACAAUUCUCUGAUCAAUAUCACCAGUGGAUCCAUGAACUUCUCGGACAUUCCUGAGCUCAUGGGGCCUCCGGGGCCCGAUGGUUUGCCUGGGCUGCCAGGAUUUCCGGGCCCUAGAGGACCAAAAGGGGAUACUGGCGUGCCGGGAUUUCCAGGACUGAAAGGAGAACAGGGUGAGAAGGGAGAGCCAGGCACCAUCUUGACAGGGGACAUUCCUUUGGAAAGAAUGAAGGGGCAAAAGGGUGAACCUGGAGUGCCCGGAGCCCUGGGGCCAAUGGGUCCCAAAGGACCACCAGGACACAAAGGAGAAUUUGGCUUCCCUGGAAGACCUGGCCGUCCAGGAUUGAAUGGCCUCAAAGGUGCCAAAGGAGAUAGAGGAGUCAUCAGUCCGGGCCCACCUGGUCCCCCAGGCCCUCCAGGUCCCCCUGGGUCCCCAGGAGCGGUGGUUAACAUCAAAGGUGCUGUUUUCCCAGUUCCUGUCCGGCCACACUGCAAAAUGCCUGUGGAUGCCACUCAUCCUGGGGAUCCAGAGCUCAUCACCUUCCAUGGUGUUAAAGGAGAAAAAGGAUCCUGGGGUAUCCCUGGCUCGAAGGGAGAGAAAGGGGACCAAGGAGUUCAAGGACCUCCAGGUCCUCCAGUUGAUCCAACUUACCUGAGGCAUUUUCUGAACAGUUUGCGGGAGGAGAAUGGAGACAGGGGCAACUUUGCAACUGGGCCUCCAGGUCUGCCAGGAAACCCAGGCUUGAUCGGUCAGAAAGGAGAGGCUGUUGUCGGGCCCCAAGGACCUCCAGGGACUCCUGGCCUUCCCGGACCACCUGGCUUUGGAAGACCUGGUGCCCCUGGACCACCGGGACCUCCUGGGCCACCAGGACCUCCAGCUAUCCUGGGCUCAGCUGUGGCCCUUCCAGGCCCGCCCGGCCCUCCAGGACAACCAGGGCUUCCUGGACCCCGAAACUUGAUCUCAGCAUUUGCCAACAUGGAUGACAUGCUGCAGACAGCACAUUUGGUCAUAGAAGGAACCUUUGUCUACCUGAGGGACAGCUCUGAGGUUUUUGUUCGUGUCAGAGAUGGUUGGAAAAAGUUACAGCUGGGAGAGCUGAUUCCCGUUGCUGUCCACAGCCACCCACCACCUGCGCUUUCCAGCAACCCCUAUCAGCCCCUGCCUCCGGUGAGCCCUAUAAGUGCCAAUUAUGAAAGACCCGCUCUGCACCUGGUUGCUCUGAACAUGCCAUUUUCUGGAGACAUUCGAGCUGAUUUUCAGUGCUUCCAGCAGGCCAGGGCUGCAGGACUGAUGUCCACCUACCGAGCCUUCUUAUCUUCCCACUUGCAAGAUCUGUCCACAGUGGUGAGGAAGGCAGAGAGACACAGCCUUCCUAUAGUGAACCUCAAGGGCCAAGUACUUUUUAAUAAUUGGGACUCAAUUUUUUCUGGCAAUGGAGGUCAGUUUAAUACCAACAUUCCAAUAUACUCCUUUGAUGGCCGAGAUGUGAUGACAGAUCCUUCUUGGCCCCAGAAGGUGGUUUGGCAUGGCUCCAACAUACACGGCAUCCGUCUUGAGGAUAAAUACUGUGCAGCAUGGCGAACGGCAAACAUGGCAGUCACAGGGCUGGCCUCAUCACUAAGCUCGGGCAAGAUUCUGGACCAGCGAGCAUACAGCUGUGCCAACAGGCUAAUUGUUCUGUGUAUUGAAAACAGUUUCAUGAUUGACGCUAGGAAGUAAUAACCUUCCAAUAGGUUUGUUGUUUUUUUUUUUAAAAAAAAAAAGCUUUCCAUUUUUCUUAUGUGAAGAGUUGACACUGAAAUCUAAAAUGUUUAAAUGUUGUAAAUAUUACAGUAUUUUUUAAAAAAAUUACUCACUCAUCAUAAAAGCAACCAAAGAAAAGAUACCUCAGUACACUCAAAAUGAAAGACAUACCGGACUCAGAUCAAAGGCAUAGCUGAUCUACACAUUGGUGCUAGAUUCUCCAGGAAGCUGGUGCUGGCUGAACACAUCCCAACACAGGUGAAGGACGUGGUCAAAACAGAAAACAUCACCUUUCUUAUGAUGUCGCUUCAAAAAGUGAUUUCCCCCUGUAACCAUGGCUGUUGAGUGUCAGAUGUCCUUCAUGUUUUCUUACAAAGUGAAUGUUUAGAGACAUCAAUCCUUUUCUUUUUUCUUUUGUUCUGGUCCUGGGGCUUGAACUCAGUGUCUGAGCUUGUUUUACUCAAGGAAAAGCGCUUUAGCACUUGCGCCACAGCUGCACUUUCAGCUUUUUGGGUGGUUAUUUAGAGAUAAGAGUCUCAUGGACUACCUUUCCUGUCUAGACUGGCUUUGAAUCGCUAGACCUCAACCCCUUGAACAGCUAGGAAUAAAGGCAUGAGCCACCAGUACCUGGCAAUUAUCCCUUUUCUAAGUUAUAUGCAAAUCAAAUACUUUUAUUUUCACACAUUCAUCAUUUGCAACUGCUGUUACUACAGAGAAACAGAAUGCUCAGAUGAUCCUUAUGUGUAUUUUCUUAUAGUAUCAGACUUUAAUAUGUUUCCCAUCCUCCUCCUAAAUAUUGUUGCCUUCAUGCUGUAGGAGUUUGAUUAUUUUUACCCAAUCAUAUUUUAGUGUGGCAUGUGUUUAUAUAACUCUGACUUGCUGGAAAAGUUGAAACUCUAAAUUAUCUGAAACUAGAAGAGAUAUAGCAACAUAAUGAUUACUCUUUCCCUUGGCAGCCCUAGUCCUCAUCCCCCACCCAAUUUUUUGAUUGCCACUUGACAAGUCUUGAAUUAUAACUGCAACUGAAACAAAUAGGUUGAUAGGAAUGAGUUUUCUGAGAAAAAAAAAAAGUGUCGUCACCAUGCUGUGUACUUUGAUCUUUUGUCUGUGUAAGUGAACAUAAAAAUAUCUUUUCCAGGCG